UCUCCAGGAUGCGGCGAGUGCUGUCUGACGUGCCUGCGUGGCAUCCCGUACCCGUCUCUGGUGGCCACCAUCCUGCUGUACGCCGGGGUGGCGCUCUUCUGCGGCUGUGGGCACGAGGCUCUAUCGGGUACCGUCACCAUCCUGCAGAACUACUUUGAGGUGAUCCGGGCACCUGGAGAUGGCGUGGAUGUCUUUAUGAUCAUCGAUAUUAUCAAGUACGUGAUCUAUGGCAUUGCAUCUGCGUUCUUCGUCUACGGCAUUCUCCUGAUGGUGGAGGGCUUCUUCACCAGCGGAGCCAUUAAGGACCUCUACGGAGACUUCAAGAUCACCACCUGUGGACGCUGCGUCAGCGCAUGGUUCAUCCUGCUGACCUACGUCUUCAUGCUGGCUUGGCUCGGGGUCACGGCCUUCACCUCUCUUCCCGUCUUUGUCUACUUCAACAUCUGGAGCAUUUGCCGAAACGCUACUGUCCUGGGCGAUGCCAGCCUGUGCUUUGAUGCCCGCCAGUUUGGGGUGGUGACUAUUGGGGAGGAGAAGACGGUAUGUACAGGCACGGAGAAGUUCGACAAGAUGUGUAUGUCAGAUGAGCUGGACAUGACCUUCCACCUCUUCGUCUGUGCCCUGGCAGGGGCGGGAGCUGCAGUCAUCGCUAUGAUCCACUACCUGAUGGUCUUGUCUGCUAACUGGGCUUAUGUAAAGGACGCCUGUAAGAUGCAGAAGUAUGAGGACAUCAAGUCCAAGGAGGAGCAGGAGCUUCAUGACAUCCACUCCACGCGCUCUAAGGAGCGUCUCAAUGCCUACACAUAAGGCAGGAGGACGUCCCCGGGGAGGAAGUCCAGCGAUGUCACUUCCUGUCCCAGGAGAGUGGCGACGCUGAGAUGAUCUCACUGGUGUGUCUCACUACCACCCCAUGACAACCCAUUUUUUUACAU